CUGGGUGCGGAGAGCUGAGCGGCAGCGGGCAGCAAUGGGUGUCCCUCAGGCCAAACCCCUGAUGAUCCCUCUCCCUGCAGAGCCCACCGUGGAGCCGAGCACCCCAAACCCUGCACAGGACCCCCAGAGCAGGGAGCAGCUCCUGUCCCGGCCAGGGCUGGUGGGCAGCGCGUGGUGGGAGGGAGGCGCACGGGAGCCGUAGAUCUGCGCCUCUGCAGCACCAGCAGCCCUGGAGAUGGCAAGCAGCAAAACAGGGGAACCUAAUGGUCCCUGAAUGAAAUAAUACUUGGGCUGACAAGCACUGCGACAGCCCUAAUUAAUAACGGAUAUGAACGUGGCUGUCGGGGCUGGCUGGCGAGGAGCCAGCGGGGCCCAAGACCUGUGCAGGUGGGGCCGGCCCCUGCCCCAGCCCCUGUCCGUGUCCCCAUUGCCACCCCGCAGCUCCUCCUGCUUGGGCCAUCCCCAGGGCUUCUGCUCUCGCCGCCUGCAGCCAUCGGGGCCGGGGUGCCCAGCUCCUGGGGCUGGAUGCAGCCCUGCCACCGGGCACCGGCACGGAGUGGGGCAGGGACUGGCUCUGCCGUCUGGGCUGGGUUUGCCCACCCAAACUAAAAACCUCGCUGCUGAAGGCUUGGAGAAGGGGCCGAGCUGAGCCCCCACAGGAGGCCAUUCAGUGCCUGCAUGCUGGAGGCUGAUCCUGGUUGUGGUGGCAGCAAAGAUGAGCACAGGGGGGCACGGGAGCCCUGCAAGAUGCUCCCGCUGCCGGCUCCGUGCACGUGCUGGGGAUGCUGGCAGGGAGAGCUGGGCGCUGGGAGCGUGGCCGGGGUGGCUGCAUCGCUUCCCAAAGCGGGCUCAGGCACAGGGUGCGUGGGGGAAAGGCCGAGCAGCGGGGCGAGCAGCGAGGCAGCAGCAUUGCCCCGAGGGGCAGUGCCGGGGGCCGGGGCUCCGCCGCCCUGCAGCACCGCCAGCCCCAGCCCCUGGCAGGCGCAGCUGGCUGGCGCGGCCCCGGGCAGCUGAGUCAGCACGGGAAGACGCUUGCGAGCCUGUGAAUGACUUGCAGAUCUGUAGCGGGAUCGUUCACACUGGGUUUGCAUGUGGUCCCCCCCCCGUGCCCCCCCGGCACAGGCUCUGCUGCCUCCCCUGCAGGCGCGACGGCCGCGGCAGGUGGGGGAUCACGGCUGGCGGCACGGCCCCCCCCCUGCUUCUCCACCCUUCCCCAGCGUCCCUCCGCACCAUAAAUCGGCCACACACACAAUUAAGGAGCUUGUCUCCACGCUCUGAGCCGCAGAUGUAUUUCAUGGGCGAGAGGCGGCCGCGGGUUGUAAAGCAUCCGCGGGGCUGCCGGCGCUGCGCUCGGCGCUGGGUGCCUGCGUGCGGGGCACGUGCGUGGGGGGCGCGGGAGCCUGCGGGUGCAUGCGGGGCCGGGGGGCUGUGCAGGAGGGAGGGGGGCAGGAGGGCAGCCUCACGGCAUCCCCCAGCCCCACGGCAUCCCCCAGCCCCGCAGCAGCCGUGGAGCAGCCCCGGGGCCAGUGGCACAGGUACAGCUCACCUCGUUUGACCAGGGUGGCCAGGCCAGCUGCGUUACAGCAAAGGGCCUCAUCAAAUAUUUAGCAGCUAAUUGAUGCCCGCCUGCUGCUUGCCAAGAGGCUAUCUGACGGCCCUGCCCUCCCUGCUGCCCUCCUUCCUCAGUGCCCUCCUGGCCGGGCUCCAGGGCGUGCAGGAUGGCUGGCGGGUGCCGGUGCUGCCGCUGCGCUUUGCCCCGUGUUGGCCUUCAAACUGAGGCUGCCCUGGUUCCAUCUCCAAGAGGGCGAUGUGCAGGCUCCCCCUGCUAGUCCCCACUGGAGCCAUGGCCUCGGUCCCCUCCAUGCCUUGCCCCCCAGCCCCCCCCCAUCCUCCCCCUGCCCAAGGCGCAUCAGGGUGGUCACGGAUUGCUCGGAGUGGGGAGCGGAGAGGGGCUCAGCCACUGGGGCAGGCACAGCGGGCGAAUGCGGCACGGGAGCUGCUGCAGCACGGGGAUGGCACAGAGGGCAACCAGGACGCCACGGCUCCACCUGACGCGAUGGCUCAGCCCUACCCCCCGGCCCAGUACCCCCCGCCCCCCCAGAACGGCAUCCCCGCAGAGUACGCGCCGCCGCACCCCCACCCCACGCAGGACUACUCGGGGCAAAGCACAGUACCGGAGCACGCCAUGACCCUCUACACACCAGCACAGAGCCACGCCGAGCAGCCGGGCACCGACGCCAGCACACAGUCCAUAGCAGGGACGCAGACGGUACCGACAGACGAGGCGGCACAGACAGACAGCCAGCAGCUACAUUCCUCAGACAACACAGACAAGCAGCAGCCCAAGAGGUUACACGUCUCCAACAUCCCCUUCCGAUUCCGGGACCCCGACCUGCGGCAAAUGUUCGGGCAAUUCGGGAAGAUCCUUGACGUGGAGAUCAUUUUCAAUGAGCGGGGCUCCAAGGGUUUUGGGUUUGUAACUUUUGAAACUAGCACAGAUGCCGACCGGGCACGAGAGAAGCUGAAUGGCACGAUCGUAGAGGGCCGGAAGAUUGAGGUGAACAACGCCACGGCCCGGGUCAUGACGAACAAGAAGGCUGCGAACCCCUACACCAACGGCUGGAAGCUGAACCCGGUGGUGGGAGCUGUCUACGGCCCCGAGUUCUAUGCAGUAACGGGGUUCCCGUACCCUGCCACGGGGACGGCUGUGGCCUACCGAGGGGCGCACUUACGGGGCCGAGGACGCGCCGUCUACAACACGUUCCGGGCUGCGCCCCCGCCGCCGCCCAUCCCCACCUACGGCGCGGUCGUCUACCAGGACGGGUUCUACGGAGCCGAGAUCUACGGGGGCUAUGCCGCCUACAGAUACGCCCAGCCCGCAGCAGCAGCAGCAGCAUACAGCGACAGUUACGGCAGAGUGUACGCAGCGGCAGACCCCUACCACCACACCAUCGGCCCCGCCGCCACGUACAGCAUCGGCACCAUGGCUAGUCUAUACCGAGGAGGGUACAGCCGCUUCACUCCCUACUAGCAAGACAGACCCAGCCCCUCACAGCACUAACACUGACUGCUCACUAGAAACCAAACCAAACCAGGCAGACUAAGCCAGGCUGAGCCUCCCGGAGGACCUGAGGGCCCCUGCCCGGGCGGGCUCUGCUCUCCGCUAGGUUUACCUCAAGCUGCUCCGUCCCGCUGCUCGGCCUCCGCUGCCCACCGCGUCCAUCCUGCCCGGCCCGGGGGCGGCAGGGAGCGGGGACGGCGCCUCCCCCCCGCCGAGGGUGCCCGGAGCCUGGGCUCGCGGGGGUCCCUGGGCUUGUCUCCCCCCAGGGCAGGACGGGCAGCCCCGAGCCGGCCCCUCUGCACCCCGUAGGAGAGGCAGGAGGCAGUUGCUGCACGCUCCAUGGGGAUGGGGCUGAGCCGCGGGGGGACCCCGGGGCCGAGCGUGGUGCCCCCCAGGGCCAUGGGGGCUGAGCGGGGUGCGGGGCUGGGCACGUGCCCAGGGGUUGCUCCAGCGACAGCUCUGCCUUUCUGUUUCUGUUGUAGUGAAACUGCAGCCGUUUCCUUCUGGGACCGGGAAGGGCAAAAAAAGCAAAAACAAAACAAAAAAAAAUAAAAAAACAAAACACACACACACACACACAUACACACCCACACAACUAAAAAAAAAAAAUUUAAAAAAAUAAAAAAAAUAAACGCAAAGCAACAACAAAGCAAAGAGGCAACAACGACGUGAAAGUCCCAUCCUGUCCACACACAUGCACCGAGCGAGCGAGUCCCGGAGGAGCCCGCGGAGCGCACGGACCGGCCGCAUGCACCCAGCGCUGCCCCCGGCGCAGCCGCUGCCGCCAGGCACGGGGACGGCCGCGGGGCCCCUGGCAGCCCGCGGCACAGGCCCGGGCACCACGUCUUCCUUUCCGCCCGGCGCGGGGUGCCGGCGGAGCGCAGCGGCACACCGCCCUGCCCGCGCUGGGGGUCGCCGGGCUCCGGUGCCCCGGUGCCGGCCGCCAGCGCGUCGAGGGUGCGAGGCCGCGGCUCCCGAGCGGAGCUUUGCUGAGGCGCUGGGCGUUGCAGGGGGACGAGCCUCUGCGUUUUAAAGGGAAUUUUUGUUAAGAGGAGCUUGCAACUCGCUUGCGUUCCCGUUCCCCUUCCCUCCCCUCCUGCCCCAUCCCUGGCGCACCCGGGGCUCCCACCCUGCAGGGAGCGAUCCUGACCCACGCCGCCCACUGGGACCCCUGCGCUGUGCCGGGACGGGGAUGUGCGGGGUGCUCGCGGCCACCCCCUCCCCGCCCACCCCGCUGCAGGGACCCUGCCGGCCCUCGGCACGGGGUCUCGGCUGUUGCAUCGCCCCCGGGGUGGCUCUGUGGCAGCCAGGGUUGGGCGGCACAGGGUGCCACGGAGCCCCCCCCCGGUGCAGCCCCAUCCCACGCCACGGCCGGGGCGGCCUCGCCGCGCUCAGCCCCUGCCCCACCACCCCGCGUGGCUCCGCCACUCGUCAAACCUCACUUUAUAGUCUGCAGACACCCCGAUGCUCCAGCAACGAGCUCCCCCUUUUCUAUUCCCGGUGUACAUAGCCCCCCCACCCUGGCCCGCGCCCCCUCCCCUGUACAAAGCUCCCUCCAUCGCUGUACUGGCUUCUUCCUUACAGCAGAGCCCCUGCGCCGGCUGCCGGCACGCAGGCUGGCGCCGGCCCAUCCUGUAUGCUUCAAAGGUGUGACCAUUCUAAUAAACAGUAUUAUUAUUAUUAUUAUUAUUAUUACUACAAGGAUUAUUAUUAUUAUUAUUGAAAUUAUUAAUAAAGAUUUCUUUCUUCAA